AUGGGAGACGCUGAGAACGAGUCAAAGGCCCGCCUGAAGAGAACGAGGACAGGGUGUCUCAAGUGCAGGGUACGAAGACGGAAGUGCGAUGAAGGGAAGCCUUCGUGCCAACGAUGUGUUGAUGGAGGGUUCGAGUGUCAAUAUGGCACCAAACUGUCGUUUCUUCAAAAGAAUGCGAAGACGUCUUCGGGUCCUCAUAACACAAAACAAUCGUAUGCUAAGCUGAGGUUUGUUGUGCCAGAAGCAGCAACGAAACCUGGUACCCAUGCAAAUCGUAACGAAUUUUCCCUGAGCGAGGCUGAAAAGACAGAGAGUUCAUCUACAGAGAUAGAUACAAUUGUUGCUGCGCACAAGAUUCAACAAACAACCCCACCCGAACUGCCUGUUCAGCCUCCGUCACCAGCGAUAAUCAGUCCCAGCAUCGAUACUCAUGUCACAUCUCCUCAAGCUCCUUCUCAUAGUCUACAAGACUCUGUAGACUUCAACCUAGUCAUUUCACCCUCGAAUGCAGCGUAUGAAACUGCCCUCGACGGACUCCUUGCUCUCGGUAACGAUCACUAUGUAUCCCCCUCAGCACCUGCAGUAGCUCAAACCGGUGCCAAUGGGGGACUACUCGGACAGCUUCCACAGAAUGUGCAAUUAGAACUUGAUAUCAGCGAUCCAGACCAGACAUUUGGUUUGUUUGUCCCACGUAUUGCUAUGAACUCUGUUUCUGUCCUUGAUUCUGUCCUCUCCCUUUCUUUGGAAACUCUUGGAGAUCGUGCCCAGCUCGAUCUAAAUGAGCAGCCCUUAUUACUUGAUACGAGCACUUCCCGCAUUGAAAUCCUUUGCUGCGCUCUGAUCUUCACCUUCACCACCCUCCGCCGACAGUUCGCCACACAACCGACCUCUUGGUUAAGUCCGUCGAGGAGUACAGGCUACGAGACAAUCAACUCGACCGCCUUCCAGUUACAUCACCCUACUGUCGCACUGGCUAUCUCUUGGAUGAUCCUACGCCUGGGUGUUUCUGUCGGUCUUAUGAGCGGCUCUUCAGUCCCUAUACCCUCCAUCGUCUCUCGCGAAGUUUCCUCACCUAUAGGCAUGCUGAGUAGAGAACCACACAGAUGCGGGCGAGAGCCCGUUCUUCUGUGUGCUGAGGUCCUGAACUAUUGCUUCGGGGGUGAUAUUCAGACUGAUCCUGACAUGAUCCGCCUUCCGGCCGCUCACAGAUGGAAAGUAUUCUCUGAGGCUCUUCAAAAGUGGUACUCAACCCGUCCCACGGACUUCAAACCCAUGCUCGAGGCUGAAGACGGCGAACAACUCUUUCCUCUGGUGCUCUUUACCAAUGCGUCAGCGAUCCUGGCAAAUCAGCUGUAUCAUACAUCGAUGCUGUUGCUUCUACAGAAUCGGCCACGUACCCUCCCGAAGGAGCAUGGUCGAAAUAUCUAUCUGUCACCGCUAUGGCAUGCUCAGCGAAUAUGCGGUAUCAGCCUCAACAAUGACACGCGGGCCAGCUGGGACUUUAGCUUGUUGGCCUCGUUUUAUUUUGCUGCUAAGCGGAUGACCUAUGAACCCCAGCAGCAUGCUAUUCUGCGAGGACUUGAUCGCAUUGGGUCGUUGACAGGAUGGAAUGUGCUCUCAUUGUCAGCGCAACUGAUGCAUGAGUGGCAACCAGAUUGA